UAUCCUGGUCCAGGGCGCACGUCCAUCUCCCAUGCCCGCACCCCCACCUGAACUGGACUCCCUCAAAUAACGAGCACCCCGACCAACUCCAUAGCCGGGGCUUCUCCAAUCAACGCAGCCGGCCAGCGCGCAGCUCCCGCCCACCCUUCCCCCGUCCCCGUCUCUUCCGCCUAGGAGCAGCCGCCAUUGCCGGAGCCUUCGGAGGAGAGGAAGCAAUGGGCGCGACACGCGCGGACGCCGACGAGAAGGAGGAAGGCGUGAUGACGACGGACUUCUUCUGGUCGUACACGGACGAGCCGCACGCGUCGCGCCGCCGGGAGAUCCUGGCCAAGUACCCGCAGAUCAAGGUGCUCUUCGGCCCGGACCCUCUCGCCUUCAUCAAGAUAGCCGCAGUUGUUUCACUCCAGCUAUGGACCGCCACGCUCCUGCGCGACGCAGGCUGGUCCAAGAUACUGCCGGUCGCUUACUUCUUCGGUUCCUUUCUGAAUCACAACCUCUUCCUCGCGAUCCAUGAGCUCAGCCACAACCUCGCCUUCGCCACCCCAUCCCUGAACCGCUGGCUAGGCAUCUUCGCAAACCUCCCCAUCGGCGUCCCAAUGUCGGUGACAUUCCAGAAAUACCACCUGGAGCACCACCGGUUCCAAGGCGUGGACGGGAUCGACAUGGACAUCCCCAGCCAGACGGAGGCGCACGUCGUAAAGAACACCGUCAGCAAAUCCAUCUGGGUCGUGCUCCAGCUCUUCUUCUACGCGCUCAGGCCGCUCUUCCUGAAGCCGAAGCCUCCGGGCCUGUGGGAGUUCACCAACCUGAUGAUCCAGGUGGCGCUCGACGCGGCCAUGGUGUACCUCUACGGCUGGAAGUCGCUGGCCUACCUCAUCCUGUCGACGUUCCUUGGCGGUGGCAUGCACCCGAUGGCCGGCCACUUCAUCUCGGAGCACUACGUGUUCAGCCCGGAGCAGGAGACCUACUCGUACUACGGGCCGCUGAACCUGAUGACGUGGCACGUGGGGUACCACAACGAGCACCACGACUUCCCCAGGAUCCCCGGCGCCAAGCUGCACAAGGUGAAGGAGAUCGCGCCGGAGUACUAUGACAGUCUGAAAUCAUACAGGUCCUGGAGCCAGGUGAUAUACAUGUACGUCAUGGACCAGACGGUCGGCCCUUUCAGCCGGAUGAAGAGGAAGGCGCCCAAGAAAGAUUUGUAGAAGAAGCCUCUGCCUGUAGAUUAAGUUUUGCCACAGAUAGCUGUUUUAGAUGAUGUUUUACUCCUGAGCGCUGGGCCACUGUCUCGCUGAACUGCUGAACUGUUAACUCGGAAGGCAUUUUGCUUGUGUGUUCAGGGAACCGGCACUUGUACCAACUUGUUGCUUCAUAUGAACUCUGCUGUGUAUUUUCCGCUGGAGCAAAAUUUUCAGAUUUUGUAGUA